AUCCCAGUAACCUUUGACCUGACCAAAAUGGCGGAAAGCACACGUGAAGAAAAAUCUUCCUCGGUAGAUCUCGGAUUUGUCGAGGAAACGGACAGUUGGAGGUUGUUGAGUCGGUUCUUUCCGAGUAAGGUAGGCGGAAAGCCAGCCUGGCUGGACCUGCUGUCCGUCCCGACGGCGUGCGAGCUGGCCUGCGGUGUCUGUGGGAAGCCCACGGUCUUCCUCCUCCAGGUGUACUCCCCGCGGACGGAGCAGGCGACGUGCUUCCACCGGACGGUGUUCGUGUUCUGCUGCCGGGACCCUGCCUGCCACACCGCCAACAGCAGCGCGUGUUUCCGCAUCCACCGCAGCCAGCUGCCGCGUCAGAACGACUUCUACGACUUCGAGCCGCCGGACGAAGACACACCUCCCCCUGAAGCGGAAGUCUGGCAGGCUGAAAAGGUGUGGAACCUGUGCUGUGUGUGCGGCUGUGGGGGAGGGAAGGCCUGUUCCAGGUGCCACCAGGUGAGGUACUGCGGCAAGGAGCAUCAGGUGUUAGACUGGAAGGCUGGACACAAGGCAGCGUGUGGGGCUGAAGACAGUAGCCUCCCCACAGCCCACGUGCAGCUGCUGUUCCCAGAGUUUGACCUGGUGACUGAAGCAGAGGACUGGAGGGAGGAGACGGAGGGUGCUGGGAAGGAUGAAGAGGAGAAGCUGAGGGAGUGUGAAGAGUACAUGAGGCAAUUGAGACAGACCCAGGAAGGUGCAGGAGGUUCAGGUCUGAAGGAGAAGGACCUGGAGGCAGCAGCCAGACAGGAGACGGAGGAGGACCAACAGUUCAGUGUCUUCAGGAGGAGGGUCAGGAAGGAACCGGAACAGGUGCUUAGAUAUGACCUGGGUGGGGUUCCCCUGUGGGUAUCCAGACAACACGUCCCCAGUACUGAGGACAUCCCAGACUGCACAUGUGGGGCACCCAGGCAGUUUGAGUUCCAGGUGAUGCCACAGCUACUGAACUACCUACAGGUGGACAGCCUCAAGGAAAGCAUUGACUGGGGCACCUUAGCUGUCUACACGUGUGUGAACAGCUGUGAUGUGGGGAAAGCAUACCACCCAGAGUUUCUAUGGAAACAGAACUAUUCUGAGACAGCAUUGACUGGGGCAUCUGUUUGACAUAACAGAUUUAUAUAGACAAAUUACUGCUAUUGUGCUUGCACCACUGUGUGGCCCUAAGGGCUAUAAAAUGGAGAAGGUGCUGCCCAAUACAUCUUCUCGUGUUGAGAG